AUGCCUGAGUGUCGUUGUGCCUUGCAGUUCGUCGUCCUCGCCGCCCUCCUGGCCGUGGCCAACGCCGGCUACCUGGCCGCGCCCGCCGCCGUGGGCUACGCCGCCCCCGCCCUGAGCUACGCCGCCGCCCCCGUGGCCGUGCACGCCCCGGCCAUCGGCGCCUCCCACCAGAGCACCCUGCGCUCCCUGGACGGCAACUCCGCCGUCUCCCACUACUCCAAGGCCGUGGACAGCGCCUUCUCGAGCGUGCGCAAGGUUGACACCCGCAUCAGCAACGACGCCGUCGCCCUGGGCUACGCCCCCGCCUACGCCGCGUCCCCCGUCUACACGCCGCCCCGUCGGCUGAUCCUCCGUCGCCAAGCUCCCCGUCGCCGCCUACCCGCCGCCCCCGCCGUCGCUGCUACCACGCCGCCCCGUCUGCCGUCGCCGCCUCCGAUGCGCCGCCCCGUCCCUGCGCCGGUCCUACCACGCGCGCCCCCGCCUACGCCGCCCACGGCCUAUGCCGCCCCCGUCGCCAAGGCCGUCGCCCCCGCCGGUUCUCGCUCCGCCCCUUAG